AUGGCUCCUGUGGUUCUUCUUCUGUUCCUCCUCCUCUCUCACCUGGAGGUUAACGGUGUUUCUGCUCACCUGGAGGAAGAGGAGGGUCUGCAGGUAACAUCCACCCAGAGGGUAACAUCCACCCAGAGGGUAACAUCCACCCAGAGGGUAACAUCCACCCAGAGACCCAGUGCUUCCUCUGAGAGCUUCACAGAGCUGCAGAGGGGAGAGGAUGUGAGGACAAACAGUGAAGCUGCAUGGAUCCUCUGGAGGCGAGGAGGACCAGGACCGAGCGUCCUGAAACCUCGCCGCCGCCGGAGCUGGCUCUGGAACCAGUUCUUCGUGAUCGAGGAGUACCAGGGGCCCGAACCGGUGCUCAUCGGACGGCUGCACACGGACAUGGAUCGGGGGGACGGUCGCACUAAGUAUCUUCUGGAGGGCGAGGGCGUUGGCUCUGUGUUUGUGAUCGACGGGAACAGCGGGAACAUCCAUGUGACCAAGCCUCUGGACCGCGAGGAGAAGGCUGAGUACCGCCUCCUGGCCACGGCCACGGACCGGCAGACGGGACGCGCUCUGGAGCCCUCGUCCACCUUCAUCAUCCGGGUCCAGGACAUCAACGACAACCCCCCCGUGUUCCCCCACGGGCCCUACCUGGCCGUGGUGCCGGAGAUGGCCAACAUAGGGACGUCUAUAAUCACGGUGACGGCGCGCGACGCUGACGACCCGGCGUACGGGAACAGCGCCCGGCUCGUCUACUCCCUCACUCAGGGACAGGACUUCUUCUCCGUGGACCCUCAGACCGGCGUUCUGAGGACCGCCGUGCCCGACAUGGACCGUGAAACCCGGGAUGAAUAUGUUGUGGAGCUGCAGGCCAGAGACAUGGGGGGGCAUCAGGGGGGCCUGUCAGGGACGACCAGCAUCACCGUCAGGCUGAGCGAUGUCAACGACAACCCCCCCCACUUCAGGAGGAGCUCCUGGUCCUUCUCGGUGUCGGAGCUGGCGGCCCCCGGAGUGGAGGUGGGCCGGCUGACGGCCUCGGACUCGGACCUGGGGGAGAACGCCCUGCUGGAGUUCAGCAUCCUGGACUCUGAGCAGGGAGACAUCUUCAACAUCUCAGCGAGGGAGCAGGAGGCGGUCGUCACACUCAACAAACUGCUGGACUACGAGAGCUGUAACUCGUACACCUUCUCAGUGGAGGUGAGCAACCCCCUGCUGGACCCCCGGUUCCUGAGGAGGGGCCCCUUUAAGGACCAGGCCACGGUGAGGGUCUCGGUGCUGAACGCUGACGAACCCCCCCGCUUCUCCCAGAGCCGGUACCACCUGGACGUGUCAGAGAACUGCCCCCCCGUGUGCUCCGUGGGCCGGGUCAGCGCCACGGACCCCGACACCGGCCAGAGCUCCAACAUCAGGUUCUCCAUCGACCCUCAGUCCGACCCGGAGGCUCUGUUCAGGAUCUCCUCAGACUCGGGCUUCAUCAGCACGGUGAUGGAGCUGGACCGCGAGCAGGAGCAGUGGCACAACAUCACCGUCAUCGCCACGCAGCGCGACAAUCCCAACCUGGUGUCUCGGGUCGUGGUGGCCAUAGAGACUCUGGACCAGAACGACAACGCUCCGGUUCUGGACCGCCUGUACUCCACCUCCGUCUGCGACUCCAGCCCCCCCGGACAGGUGAUCCAGGUCCUGAGAGCUCUGGACAGAGACCAGGGAGGCCAAGACGUCCCGAUCCACUUCAGCUUCCCCCCCGAGUCCAGCCUGGCCCUGAACCUCAGCCUCAGGGACCACGGAGGUGAGACGGCCAGCCUGGUGCUCCAGUCGUCCCUGCAGCCCCUCCCCUCCCCCGCCCCCCUGCUGGUUGCCGUGGUGAUGCGUGACGGAGCGUCCGGCCUCACACACACUGGCACGGUGACGCUCACUGUGUGUCCCUGCCUGCGGGGGGGCAUGCACCUGGAGGAGGGGGGGAGAGGGGGGGAGAGUGUGUGCCUCCCCCUGAACUCCCCCUCCCCCUCCCUCAUCUUCAGCCUCGUCACCUUCCUCUCCAUGCUGGCCUGCGUCACCACGCUGCUCGUGGUGUGUGCGCUCUCGAUGUCGCUGCGCCAUCAGAAGCGAGAGCCGCUCUCCGCCUUCGAGGAGGACGACGUCAGGGAGAACAUCAUCUCGUACGAUGACGAGGGGGGGGGCGAGGCGGACACGGCGGCCUUCGACAUCACGGCGCUGCAGAGCCUGCAGAGGGUGCACAGCAUAUGGUACACUCAGCCGAACCCUGCGAGGUCCCGGACGUACAGCUGGUCCCGCCCCCCCCGACCCAGCCUGCCCCGCCCCCAGAGGCCCGGCUCGGCCCCCAUGUACGGCCGGCUCUGCCUCGGCCUCCACACCCUGCCAGUCCUCAGGGACCACCCGGGGGGGGGGCCACUGGAGGGGGGGCUCCCACAGCUGAUCUCCGGGCUCAGCGGGGGCUUCCCGGGGGUCCAGAACCAGAGACCCUUCCAGUCCCUGAUCUCUCCUGGGGGGGGCCUGGCUGGUUAUGGAUCAGAGAGGCUGCUGCAGAAGAUCCCCGACAUACGAGAGGGGGGGGGGGCUGCUGACCUUCAAGAGGAGCAGGAGCACACAAAGAUGAAUCCAGCAGAGUUGCCCCCCCCCUCCACUGUGACCCUCUGCAGCCUCAUGGACUCCCUAAGCUCCGCCUCCUCUCAGCGGGGGGGCCGGCGGGGGUCCAAUCAGACUCAGAUCAGCACCGACUCCUCCAUCCGCUCGGAGCCCCCCCCCUCCGCCCCCCAGCUGCAAAACGACUCCUACAGCAUCGUGGGGUCGCUCAGCACCAGCCGGGGCGGAGCCUCUCUGGGGGGGGGGCAGGCAGUGGGAGCGACGCUACUGAGCAUGUGCAGACCGAGGAAGGACCUCCUUCCACCUUUACCUGGGGAGGGAACGCCCCCCCCGCGGCCCCUCCCCAUGGAGGAGCUCCUGAACAUCCGGUUGGACCAGCUGACCUGCGACCCCUCACUGCCCCCCUUCGACUCCCUGCAGACCUAUCAGUUCGAGGGGCGGGACUCCAGAGCCGAGAGCCUCAGCUCAUUGGACAGCGACGGGGGGAAUGGGGGGGCGGCAGAGGAGGGAGGGGGAGGCAUGGAGGAGCUGAACCAAAAGUUUCUGAGGCUGGUGGAAAUCAUCCGGGAGAGAGAGGGGGAGACGGGGGGUGAGACGGGGGUUGAGAGAGAGUUUGAGACGGGGGGUGAGAUGGGGGGUGAGACGGGGGGUGAGACGCCUCAGAAACUGAGUGAGGAGAAGGAGCCGCAGAGAUGGGACUUCUAG